AGCAGCCAAUCCGCGCUCUGCCUCUCCGGGAAGUUAAAGAGAUUGCGCUGAGCCGUCAGAGUCUGGCGAGUGACAGACUGGAGGUUGAUCUGUAGACCUGACACCAGGUAGUACAAUGGCUGGGAAGGUGUUGGUGACUGGAGGUGCUGGCUAUAUAGGUAGCCACUGUGUCCUAGAACUGCUUGAAGCUGGAUAUGAACCAGUAGUCAUUGAUAAUUUUCACAAUGCUAUUCGAGGGGCCAAUGGUCUUCCUGAAAGUCUGCAGAGAGUGCAAGAAAUUGUAGGCAACAAGAAGAUUGAGUUUGAAGAGGUGGAUAUGCUAGACCGGGCUGCCCUGAACAGUUUGUUUGACAAGCACAAGUUCUCUGCUGUUAUGCAUUUUGCUGGCCUGAAAGCAGUUGGAGAGUCUGUGGAGAAGCCAUUGUUGUAUUAUAAGGUGAAUCUUACUGGCACAAUCCAACUCUUGGAGAUAAUGAAUGCUCAUGGUGUAAAGAAAAUCGUGUUCAGCAGCUCUGCGACAGUCUAUGGUGACCCCAAGUACCUUCCGCUAGAUGAAAAGCACCCAGUCGGUGGUUGCACAAAUCCAUAUGGAAAAACUAAAUAUUUCAUUGAGGAAAUGAUCCAGGAUCAGUGCAAAGCUGAUGCGGAAUGGAGUGCCAUUCUCCUGCGGUAUUUUAACCCCAUCGGAGCCCACAUAUCUGGUCGUAUUGGAGAAGAUCCUCAGGGAAUUCCAAAUAAUCUGAUGCCUUAUGUCUCACAGGUUGCUGUUGGAAGACGGGAGCACCUGAAUGUCUUUGGAAAUGACUACAAUACACCAGACGGGACAGGGGUGCGAGAUUACAUUCACAUAGUAGAUCUGGCUAAGGGUCACAUUGCUGCUCUCAAUAAGCUGCGGACCAGUAGUAGCUGUAAGAUCUAUAAUCUGGGAACUGGUGUAGGAUACUCCGUACUGCAGAUGGUGGUGGCCAUGGAAAGCGCAUCGGGCAAAAAGAUUCCAUAUAAAAUUGCACCAAGAAGGGAAGGGGACAUUGCAACAUGCUAUGCAGAUCCAACCCUGGCUAAAGAUGACCUUGGCUGGAAGGCAGAAUUUGGCUUGGACAGAAUGUGUGAAGAUUUGUGGCGGUGGCAGUCCUUCAAUCCAACUGGGUUUAGCACUGAAUCAUGAGAAGAAGUGUUUACAGAUUUCUCCCUUACUAUUUUUACCUACUUUCCUAAUACUUAUUUAUAAUCUGGAUAAGAGUUUCUUAUAGUACUACAAAUUACUUCUAGACUUUCAAACCAAAUCUCAGGACGUCAUGCAGUACAAGGGCCAUUGCUCAUUAACAUCACUUCUACCUCCUGCAUGUAAUUUCACAACGGUUGUAAAGGAAUAAUAAUCUGGACAUUUUGUGAUUGAUGAACAUUUUUUGUAAUUUAAGGAAGAAAAAAAAAAAAUCUAAUGCAUUGUAUCCUGAGGAAUGGUUAUAAAUUUUCUGAUGCUAACUGAGUAACGGUAGAAAAAUAUAUUUAUAUUUCUUUUUUUUUUUUUUUUUCUUUUGUUUAAGCUAUUAAAUGAUAAUUUCAGAA